AAAACAGUUGUGUGCCUAUUUAAACAGACACAUCUUGCAGGCUUCCGACUAGUUCCUUUCUUUCACUUUACCCUACCAAAAUAUCCUCUCUUCUCUCUCUCUCUCUCUCUCUGCAACGUCGGUCGUUCGGAUCUGCCUUCUAGAAAACAGAUGGAAAAUCAGGUUCAAUAUCACCAAUAUGAGUGCCUUCUAUUUGAUCUAGACGACACCCUUUACCCUCUGAGUUCUGGAAUUUCAGUACAAAUCACUAGGAAUAUUAAAGAAUAUAUGAUUCAAAGGCUUGGCAUGGACGAAAGUGAAGUUCCCGAAUUGUGUAUUUCUUUGUACAAGGAUUAUGGGACAACAAUGGCCGGUCUUAAGGCUCAGGGCUAUAACUUCGAUUAUGAUGACUUUCAUAGUUUUGUUCAUGGGAGGUUGCCCUACGAGUUGCUUACUCCUGAUCCUGUCCUGAGGGGCCUUUUACUUAGUCUGCCUAUCCGCAAAGUAAUUUUCACGAAUUCGGAUAAGAAACAUGCGGAUACUGUGCUCAAAAGGCUUGGAAUAGAGGACUGCUUUGAGUCAGUUAUAUGUUUUGAGACACUGAAUCCCACCAACAAUGCCGAUGAUUCUGUUGGUGCAGAAGAAACUGAACACAUUGAACAACCAAAUACUGGUGCGGUGGUUCCAAAGACCCCAGUUGUCUGCAAACCAUUUGAGCUUGCAUACGAAGAAGCCUUUAAAUUUGCAAACAUCGACCCUCAAAGAACAUUAUUCUUCGAUGAUAGCAUUCGCAAUAUACAAACUGCAAAGCAGUGCGGCCUCCAUACAGUAUUGGUUGGCACCUCCCACCGCACCAAAGGAGCGGAUUAUGCACUUGAGAGCAUCCAUAAUAUGAAGGAAGCACUGCCAGAACUCUGGGAAAUCACCACUAUGCAGUCUGAAAAUGUCCAAACUACAAGAGAGAUUGCAAUUGAGCAACUGGUGGAAGCUUAGGCCUACAUCUUUACUCAACCACAGAAAGGAAAAUGGCUUGCAGCAGAGCGUAGGACCUGCCAAAAUGUGUUGUCUAUUAUUCUCAUGUAAUUUUUAACUUGAAAUUGCAGAACGAUAUAAUCAGAUGGGAAGCUUGAUUUAGCAAUACUUGGGCACUUAUUUGUCUGAAUCAUGCUGGAAAGACCAUUUUAUUAUAAUAAAAUUAUAUUUAAAUUAU